GUGGCCGGGCAAGAGCAGGAGAGAAAGAGAGAGCGCAGGAGGAGGGGAAAAAAAACAACGAAGAGGAAGAGAGGAGAGUCGCAGGAGGAAGAGGGAGAAUGCACGGCGUCUGGCUAACUCUUCCAUGCUUGUAUCCAGGGCCUUUGUGAAUACACCAUGGGAUGCAUCGGCUCCAGGAGACUGACAGCAGAUGGCGUGCCAGUCCAGAAGGAUGGGGAGCAGCAUGGCCGUUCAGAAUUUUCAUGGGAGGGGAUCAAUCUGUCUAUGGAGGACACCACGUCCAUCCUGCCGCGCCUCAAGAGGAAUUCAAAUGCCUACGGCAUCGGAGCUCUGGCUAAGUCUUCUCUGUCAGGUGUGUCAGGUGUGACCCGCACCAUGAAGGAAAGAGUGACCAAACCAACGGCCAUGGCCCAGGGCCGCGUCGCCCACAUGAUCGAGUGGCAAAAUUGGGGCAUGGCCACAGUGGGCGUGGGGGGUAUCCCCCAGUCCCGUAUUUCGACCCAGGAGCGGGAAAAGGAACGGCGGUUGGAGAAUGACGCGUACAGCGACCUGAGCGACGGAGAGAAGGAGGCCCGGUUCGCCGCAGGUAUUCUGCAACAGUUUGCCAUCUCCGAAGCUACCCUGCUGGCAUGGUCAUCAAUGGAUGGUGAGAGCCCUCGUUCGGGAUCAAACCAGGGCAGCGUGGCACAUCUGAGCGAGGUCAACCAGGAGAGCAUCACCAGUCGAGACCAGAUCUUGCAUCAUUCCUCCGCCGAGGUGUGGCCACAUACUUACGUCUCCCAGGGCCACUACUGCCUCUCCUCCUCGGACGCUUGGGAGCCAAUCAACAACGACGCGUCUGGCGUGGCGUCUCCUCCCGCCGGCUCCUACCUCGUGGGGACCGAAGGCUACGACGGGCAGGCGGCCGCUCACUUCUUGUCACAGCAGCAGCAACAGCAGCAGCAGCAGCAGCAACAGCAGUUUAAUCUUCAGCAGCAGAGUCAACUUCAGCAGUUGCAGCAGAUCCAGCAGAUGCAGCACUAUCAGCAGCAGCAACUCCUGCAGUAUCAGCAGCAACAGUCAUUGGAACACAGGCUCCACAGCGCCAACCACUCCUUACAAGCGACCCCCAACAGCACCAUCCACAGCUUAGUCCACCAAGUGCACCCGCCCCUGGUGGAUCUGUGGAACACGGGCCAGAUGGAGGCCUAUCAAGUAGAGGCGGGGGGCUACGUGGGCGCGACGGCCGCAGCGGAACCCGGCCUCUGCGUUCCCGCCGGAGACGAGCUGGUGGGGAAUGAACACUCACCGCUGCUGGAGCAGCAGGAGGAAGAAGACGACGUUAAGGAAGGAGAGAUGACACUGUGUAUGGAGCCCGAGUCGUCCACAUUGACUCCGCCCACGCUCCCGGGGGAUGCCUCGGGCGGUAGUAGUCCUGGGCAACCGCCGGCCUCGCCGAUGGGCGAGCAGAGGCCCUGCGACGCCGCGCCGGCCGGCCUCGCUCACACGCUACAGGAGGAGGAGGAGGAAGAGGAGGAUGACGAAGAGCCCGCCGGCCAACAGGAAGAGGGACCGACCGCUUCCAUGGCAACCAACUGACUCCCCGGCUGUCACGUGACUCCUCUAUACAAACUGACCAGGAGUCAGCCGUAGUAAUACAAUAUCUAUCUAUUAUUCUGUUGCUUUUCAGGUAUCAGAAAAAAAACUUUUUUUUGCGGGCGUGAUGAUGGAUUCUUUGGAAAAUCGAGGAGACCUGAUGCAACAAACUUUGUAAGCCUUACAUCCCAAAGGUAAACACGUGACGAGAGGAUGAGCUACACGGACAAUACCAUCAGGGAUCAGGAGGGAGGGGGAGGCAGUGCGGUGGCGGAUACAUGCAUGCGACCCCAUCAUUCUAUAAUGAAAAUCUAACAUAUUCAAACAAUAUAAUAGGAAUAAUUUUGUAAUAAAGUGGGAAGAGAGCGAAAAAAAAAACAUUUAAAUGUAUGAUAUAAACAAUUUCCUUCUUUGGAGGAGGAGAGAAGAGGAGGAGGGGAGCGACUUUGUUUACAUGUUCCCCUUCGUACAUCCUCAUGAAUUAAAGAAACCGCCCCAUGACAAAAACUUUUGCUGACAAAUACACAAUAACACUGCACAGAUAAGGAUUGUACUGUAAAGAUAAGUGUGCUUCCUACUCUGUCUCACUGUAUGCAUGUUCCUAUGGAGUUCCUGUACUAUACAGCACUGUAUAGACUUUGCACUGAACCAUAGUCGGGGGUGGAGGAUUUUAAGUGGGCUUGUAGCGGUAGGGAAUUGUGAAGGGUUAAAAAAAAACAAAAAAAUUGAAAAAAAAAUGACAGAGCCGUCUUUUUUUGCACUGAUGCAAUCCAACCUAUUGGAGGUUGCCUUCUGGACUGUUGAUGUUGGCCGAGUCCCGCUCUUGAAAGCUUUCAGCAACCAAAACGCAGCCACUUGACAACGCCAACCCUCACAUAAUAAUAAUGAUGAUGAUGAUUACUAUUUGAAUGUACUGGCUUGAAACAGAAGACUUUUUGAGGGAUUUGUGUGCUGUGGUGGAAUUCACUGUUGGCUCAUCUGCAUCACUACUACACUAAUACAUACAGUCAGGUCCAGAAGUAUGUGGUCAAUGAGUUUGUUUGUUUUUAAUGAUUUUGCCUUUUUACACCACCACAUUGUUUUUGGUGAAGGCUUUCAUUAGGUGGCUUUACAAUAAUGAGGCAUUUAUUGCAGAAUGUCUCUAUAGAAGCUGAAAAGUAUUUUCACAUUGUCAAAUGUUAAUACUAGGGAUGUCCUGAUCGCUCAUUUUUGCACCCGACUCCUAGUCACCUGAUGUUGAGAAUCUUCCGAUAAUAAAUGCUUCAUUGAGUGAGUCCACUCGAGCUUUGAUGCUCACGUCGCUGAGAAUAGCCUCUCACUUACACAUGGCGGAAAACACUCAGGUGACUUGAAGUUCCGCUCUAAGACCCCCAAUUUGGCCAAAUUUCAAAAUUGUCCGAUAUGCAUGUCUGAUACAUCAUUGGAAAGCUUGAAAUCUCAAUUUUCCGGGGGAGGAAAACAUUUGAACAGGGGGGGAUUUACAAUUUUUUUUUUUUUUUUUAAUUAAACAGCAAAACCUUAUCUGGAGAAGAGAGCAUGAAAGAGCAGAAUUACAGACACCAUGACUUUAACGAGAUAUCAUCGCGUACUUACCUUGUUUCGAUCCAAAAAAACAUGUAGCAUGUAUCACCGAGUGUCAAGACACAGCUCGAAUGGUCACAGCUGGAUUUUGGGGGGGAUUUUAUGGGUGAAACAUGGUAAUUUAACAAGGAUCGGGAUGCAGAAAUCGCAGACAUCAAGGAGUGGUCGAGAUUUUCUUUUUCAUAUAUUUACCAUUUUUUCUAAAUUUUUCUUUGUUUGGAUCGAUUAUUUAUCAUCUAACAUAUAGGAGAAGAUGCGACUGUAACAAAAAAAUACAAUUAAGUGAAAGUUAUGAGGUAGAUAUCUUUUUUACAGACGCCAUUUUUUUCAUAGUGACGUCAUUUGUUAACAAAUUACAAAUAUGCGAGUGAAUAAUUAAAAAAAUUUUUUUUUUUUU